AAGGAUAUGCAAGUCGCGUAUCUCACUGUCGACCGCCGCGCAACUUGUGACAGUUUAACCGCGUCUACCGAACAGGUUGGACGUAACGAAUCCAUUCACCGCACAACCGCUGUCUUCAACGAACUAGUAUACUUUCACGAUGUAUCAGCCUGACGAUCGAUCUGAGGUCAAUGACGAUCUGAGUAAUCACUUACGGCUGAUCUCCAUGACCAGGACCAAGGAACUGACCAAGAUGACGCCAAAACAAGCGCAGGAGUUUCUGGACUCCUUUGACAUUGUCCUGUCGGACUGCGAUGGUGUCCUCUGGAGGAUAAUGGACUCCAUCCCUGGCGCGUUGCAUACGAUGUCUAGGCUUCAGGACAUCGGGAAGAAGACCUACCUGGUGACCAACAACAGCACGCUCACCUUCGACCAAUACUAUCAAAAGAUAAAUAAAUUUGGACUGGAAUUGAAACCGGAACAAGUAAUACUACCAUCGAAGGUGGUCGGCUGGUACCUGAACAAAAUUAACUUUCGCGGCGAGGUGUUCUUGAUCGGCAGCGCGCAGUUUCGACAAGUUUUACUCGAUCAUGGGAUCAAAUUAACGCCAGAAUGCCCAGAUGUUCAAGAAUGUGACCCAGUGAGGACGGUGAAGGCUGUACAAGAUCGACCGUCGAUCAAAGCAGUGGUAGUGGAUUUUUCAUUAUUUUUCGAUUGGGCAAAACUGGCUCUAGCAGUUUCUUGCCUGAAAAGGAAGGAUGUUCUUUACAUGGUGGGUGCUCUGGACGAAUGGCUCGUGUGUGGACACGACAGGAGACUCAUAGGUCCUGGCCAUCUGACUAAUAUAAUUACGAAGGUGAGCGAACGAACGCCCAUCGAGUGUGCGAAACCUAGCAACGCCCUGAAAGAAUUCGUCAUGGACAAGUGCGAAGUGCGGGACCCGAAACGAUGUUUGUUCAUCGGAGACACGAUAACUCACGACAUGAAAUUCGCAACGGUGUGCGGUUUUCAGAAGCUCUUCGUCAACACGGGCGUGGAUAAAAUCGAAGAUGCGUUGCAAUGCGAAGAGGCGGAACCAGAUUACUAUAUUCCUAGUUUAGGUUUGCUGUAUCCUAUUAUCGAUUCCCUAUACGGCGACUCUGCGAAACAGAAACACAGUUAACGACUGUUAACGGCAUCAACAGUAGUAGUCUUUGUAGUUAGUAAAAAUUCCAUCUCGUUCGAGUGUAACGAAUGUAUGAGGUUGGGAAAAAGUUUUUAACGUAAAUUCAAAAUAAAGGAAAAGUUUCAUUGCGCAUUAUAGAUUCGUCGCAUCAAAUAUUUUAGGGAAGUACAAAUAGAUGUUUCGUGAAGAAGUAUAUCGAACGAAGUGAAUGAAUUUUUGUAAGAACUUUUGCCUUGACAUUAAGCAAAACUUGUCUGAAGAAAGGGGUUGCAUGAGGUUAGGUCUCUUUUAAAUUCAUAAAAAUGGUUACUCUAAUGCUAGAAUUAUAUUCUCGAGAAACUUUCACGCGACAAAGAGAUUUUCAGACACCUACACCAAGAACGACUACUUUAAUUUAUCAUUAACAAAUCGUCGAAGAGAAUACUUCCUCCUAUUGUAAUUCCUACACACGAUCAAUGAAUGUUUACGUAAGUAAGUUUACGAUGCAAACGUACAAAGUCACAUAGUUAUUAUUACUACGCAUUAUAUAAUGUUCCUGCAAUUCUUGACACGGGACUGUAUUCGAAAGAAGCAAUAAAAACUUAUCUAAACGAAACAUAUUGUGCAUUUCUAUAUUGUCACACGAGAUUAUCGUCCUCUAACCCUACCACAACUGCAGACCGUGGCAGAGAACUUCGAUAAGCUCGGAAUGCCAGUUACUGCUCCAGAUAGACACGUGACACUUACGGAAUUAUCGUGACACUUACAAUUAGAAAGGAAACGCUGAGCAUGAGUUUAAUGACCUGUAAUUGUUGGGACACACUAAAACCUCCACAAAUGGGGUUUGAAAUUGUUGAGAUACAAUGCACAUCGCAUCCAUUAUGAGGCUUCUGGUAGAGUUAAGGAGUGGGGGAUACAAGAAGGUAUGGCGCAGUGGAAGCGGCUGUAUGAGCUUAGCAUGGUGUUAAUUAAUAAUAUAUGUAUUUAAACAAACUUCUAUUAUAAUAACAGUACUCAACAGAAACAUGAUUGUAUGGGACAUGAUUCUAUGGGAACUUCAAUUACUGUGACGAUAAAAAUGUAGCUAAACUAUACCAUAAAUGUAGAUGUCUUUAUGGAACUGAUUACGUGGAGAAGUCUAUGAGCAUGAGAAACUCUUCGUUCCAUAUUCGUAAGAGCAAAAAGGACGAGACCUGAAGAACAAGUGAAGCUGAUGACGAAAGACACCGAUGAUAAGGAUCUUCAUGUCUAAGUGGACCUUCGUGUUAGCAAUUACCUCCAUAGUUGCACGUAUCCCAGGACUUCAAGAUUGUCCAUUCGAAAGAAUUAUUUAAUGCUGUAUGCGCCAAAUAUCCUAGAGCUACCCACGUAUACACCGACGGUUCCAAGAAUAAUCUUGGAACAGGAGCCUUUAGUCUUUACGCAGGAUUUAUAGAUCAAAUACGGAAUGAAUCCCUUCAAUAGCAUCUUCACAGCCGAAAGCUACGCACUCCUCUCAGCUCUCGAGUUUAUCGAUAAAUCCCCUCACUCCGAAUUUAUCGUUUUUUCCGACUCCCUCUCCAUCAUCCUAAACAUCCAAAACCCGAAGCAAUCCAUGGAAAUUCACAUAGCAAUCCGAGAAUUAUGUGACAAACUAGCUAAACACGGGAAGACAACGACCAUAGCAUGGAUCCCCUCUCAUAUGGACAUACAUGGGAAUGUCAUGGCCGACCUCGAAGCAAAAAUCGCAACACUACAACCGCAUAACCAAGCUACAUAUAACACUGCUUCAGACAUUAAUAAAUAUCUAAAGACACUAUGGAAACAGUCGUGGAAUCGAGCAUGGAUAAACUACAGAGCAAGUGCGCUCCAUAAAUCAAUUAACAAUUUCUUUGACCUCACAACAAAUUCCAAUUUCAACAGGAAACAGCAAACAGCAAUUACUCGAAUCAGGACCGGACACACCAAACUCUAACACUCUCACAUUUUCAACAAUAGUCCUCCCGCACUAUGCGAAGCUUGCAACGAAACUAUAACAGUCGACCAUAUCAUCAUAGAAUGCAGGAAAUACAGCUAGGUACGAAGAAGGUUAAAUAUUAAGGACGAUUUCAUAGAAUCAACCACCUCAGCAUCCUACCAGGAAGCACUGAUAACAUUCUGCGAGACCAUCGGUAUUCUCAACAGACUAUAACAAUCUCACGUAACCAGUCUCUUUUAUCUUCGCUACAAUUUCACCCAUAAGGUGCAACUAAAUUUGUCGACAGUCGCUAAUAACCUCUGACGUUGAUGCGACUUUAAACCUUAAGAGAAAAAAAAAAGAAAGAAAGAAAGAAA